ACGUCACAAGCAUGCGCCGCGCUGUUGUGUUUUUGAUCCGGCUAAGGAAAGAGCGUCAAAACAAAGAUGGCGGUUGUGAAAGAGGAAGGUGAAGAGGUGAAGAUUGAAGAGUUCAGCCAAGUUACUGCGAAACAAUCAGAGCGUGUGUUGCUGAAAGACGAGAGGCAAGAUCUGAAUAUAACAGAGGAGAAAGAUCAGAAUGAAACACAUCAAAAACAUUUUAGCACCUCUGAGACUGAAAAGACUCCCUCAGAGGAAAAGCCAACAGCAAUCUGCGUCAAUUGUGGAAAGUGCUUCCUCAAGCGCAGAGACCUUAGUGUCCACAUGCGGACUCACACCGGAGAAAAACCUCACGUCUGCCAGCAGUGCGGGAAACGGUUCGCUCAAAGAACCAGCCUCACGGUGCACAUAAGAUCUCACACCGGAGAGAGGCCGUUCACUUGCCAGCAAUGCGGGAAGAGUUUCACUCAUAAAGGGACCCUCAGGGCCCACCAGAAAACUCAUCCCGGAGCGGCUCCGUUCUCCUGCAAGCUCUGCGGAAAGAGUCUCUCGCGAAAAGAAAGCCUGAUUAUUCACAUGAGGGUUCACACAGGAGAGAGGCCGUUCAUCUGCGGACACUGUGGAAAGGGUUUCCGAUGUAAGGUCAGCCUCGGCUACCACUUGAAGAUUCACACCAGGAAUAACGGGUUCGUGUGUAAACACUGCGGAGCAAGUAGUCCGGACAAGAAUCAGCUCAGGAAUCACGUGAAGACGCACAUGGGGGAAAGACCUUACAUGUGCCAUCACUGCGGAAAGAGUUCGCCCAACAAAACCAACCUUAACAUCCACAUGAGGACCCACACCGGAGAGAAGCCGUACAUCUGCCCUCAGUGCGGAAAAGACUUCACCAUUAAAGGGAACCUGCAGACUCACAUCAGAGUUCACACCGGAGAAAAGCCGUUCACUUGCGCUCAGUGUGGCGACAGAUUCACGUACCAGAAAGACUUGAAGCGGCAUUCGCAGCAGACUCAUUGCGGAAAAACAAGGUCUUCAGAGGUUAUUAGGAUGCUGACAAAAGGACGCAGUUCCAAGGAUGUGUCUGGGAGGCUGUUUAAUUGUGGCUUGUGUAAUAAAACGUUUCUUUCGCCGUCACACCUGAAGAUGCACUUGAAAAGACACGCUUUCAUGAGACCGUAUUUUUGCUCUUUGUGUGGGAAGGGUUUCAAGUGGCUCGGCAGUUUAAAAUGGCAUCAGAAAAUCUGCAUUUGCGCUAAAUUAAUUGCGAUUGUUUAAAGCCCGGGUGUUACGGUGGCGCAGUGGGUAGCACGAUCGCCUCACAGAAAGAAGGUCGCCAAUUCAAGUCCCAGCUGGGUCAGUUGGCUGUUCUGUGCGGAGUUUGCAUGUUCUCCCCGUAUUGGCGUUGGUUUUCUGCUGGUGCUCCGGUUUCCCCCACAGUCCUAAGACAUGCGCUAUAGGGGAAUUGGUUGAACUAAAUUGGCUGCAGUGUGAAUCAGUGUACAUGGGUGUGUCCCAGGACUGGGUUGCAGCUGGAAGGGCGUCCGCUGUGUAAAACAUACGCUGGAUAAGUUGGUGGUUGAUUCCGCUGUGGCGACCCCUGAUUAAUAAAGGGACAAAGCCGAAAAGAAAAUGACUAAAUGUUACAAGACCUCGCUUAUCUUGUUGCUAUUGAUUUUUUUUCAGUAGCUCUUUUUUGUGCUGAGAAAUGCUAAUUAAAAUGGCAGACUAAACACUCGUUUUCUGAUUGAUAUUGAAUGACAAAUGUAUAUGUAAAUAUAUUUAUUUUGUUAUUAUUUUAUUAUGAUGCCACAAUGAUGUGACUUGAGAAAAUAUUGCUACUUAACGACACAAUAUGUAACAUUUUUUCUUUAAAAAUUUCAUAUUUUUUUAAAAAAACUACUAGAACAGUGUUAUAUAUUUUGCUGAUUUGUGUAUUUACAUAACCCUAAAUAUUCAAAAUAGGAGCAUGGAGCAAUGAAUAACAUAAAAGUAAUGAAUCUGAAUGAAAGGUGGAUGGUAGAGCUGUAAUCGGGCCAUAAAAAUUAGGCCCGAGCCCGACAGGUACAUUUGGAUUAACAGCUUUAUGAAGCCUGAACCAGGCCCGGAUUGGCCAAUCGGGAGGACUGGGAGAGUUCCCGGUGUUCCGGUCUGUUUUUUGGC